AUGUCGUCGCCCACGCCGGCGCCGGGCACGGCAGCGGCGCCACACGUCGUCGAGGACUGCCUCGGCUUCGUGCAGCUGCUCAGCGACGGCACGGUGAGGCGCUCCACGGACUACUCCAUGCUCCGUCCCACUGGCCGUGUUCCGUCGGACUCGGACCUGCCCGUGCGGUGGAAGGACGUGGUCUACGACGACACGCACGGCCUCCGGCUCCGCAUGUACCGGCCCACCAACGCCGGAGUCGGGAAGAAGAAGAAGCUGCCGGUGCUCGUCUACUUCCACGGCGGCGGCUUCUGCCUCUUCAGCUUCGAGGUGACCAGCUUCCACGCGGGCGCGCUCCGGCUCGCCACCGAGCUCCCGGCGCUCGUGCUCUCCGUGGACUACCGCCUCGCGCCGGAGCACCGCCUCCCCGCGGCGCUGGACGACGCCGAGUCCGUCUUCUCCUGGCUCCGCGCGCAGGCCACGCCGUCGUCCGCCGCCGCGGCGGGCGCGGACCCGUGGCUCGCCGAGUCGGCCGACUUCGCCCGGGUGUUCGUCAGCGGCGACUCGGCCGGCGGCAACAUCUCGCACCACGUCGCCGUGCGCCACGGCUCCGAAGGGGGGCUCGCCCUCGCCCCGCUCCGCCUCGCCGGGUGCGUGAUGCUCUGGCCCUACUUCGGCGGCGAGGAGCCGACGCCGUCCGAGGCGGCGUGCCCGGCCGACCAGGUCAUGGGCCCGGCGCUGUUCGACCAGUUGUGGCGCCUGGCGCUGCCGGCGGGCGCGAACAAGGACCACCCGUUCGCGAACCCGUUCGCGCAGGGGAGCAUCCCGCUGAGUGACCUCGGCGCGGCCUUCCCGCCGGUGCUCGUCGUGGAUCCCGACCAGGACCCGCUGCACGAGCGCGUGGUGGACUACGUCGCCAGGCUCAAGGCGGCCGGGAAGGCCGUCGAGCUCGUCGUGUUCGCGGGGCAGGGACAUGGGUUCUUCGUCACGGAGCCCUGCGGUGAGGCCUCCGACGAGCUGAUCCGGGUCAUUAGGCGAUUCGUGCACGGUGCUUAG